GAGCUCGGUUGAAGUAGUUGAAGAACGAGAUGGACUCUCAAAUGAGGUUGUGCAAAGACGCGGGAGGUUUCUUGUAGCGGGUCUCGGAUGGCUUUUCUCACGUUACAACAGAUUUGAUAUUUGUUCCGUGGUGGAUGCUGCGCUCACGGUUGUUGCCUUCUUAUGAAUAAGGAUGCCUUAAAAAGCUACCAUGGACAAAUAUAUUAAAGUGCAAAAGAUUGGUGAAGGAUCUUUUGGAAAAGCAAUUCUGGUUAAAGCAAAGGAAAAUGGCAAACAAUAUGUUAUUAAGGAAAUUAACAUAUCCAAGAUGACAAAUAAAGAAAGAGAAGAAUCAAGAAGAGAAGUUGCUGUUUUGGCAAAUAUGAAACAUCCGAAUAUUGUUUUGUACAGAGAAUCAUUUGAAGAAACUGGCUGUCUUUAUAUAGUAAUGGAUUAUUGUGAAGGCGGAGAUCUGUUUAAAAAAAUUAAUGCACAAAAAGGAGUCUUUUUUUCAGAAGACCAGAUCAUGGAUUGGUUUGUACAAAUAUGUUUAGCACUGAAGCACGUACAUGAUAGAAAAAUUUUGCAUCGAGAUAUAAAAUCACAGAAUAUAUUUUUAACCAAAGAUGGAACAAUACAGUUGGGAGACUUUGGAAUAGCUAGAGUUCUGAAUAGUACCGUGGAACUUGCUCGAACUUGUAUAGGAACACCAUAUUAUUUGUCACCAGAAAUCUGUGAGAAUAAACCUUACAAUAAUAAAAGUGACAUGUGGGCCCUUGGGUGUGUUCUUUAUGAAAUGUGUACAUUGAAACAUGCAUUUGAAGCUGGUAAUAUGAAAAAUUUAGUUCUCAAAAUAAUCUCUGGAUCAUUUCCUCCUGUUUCUACACGUUAUUCCCAUGAACUCCGGAGUCUGAUUUCACAAUUAUUUAAAAGAAAUCCAAGGGAUCGACCAUCUGUCAACUCCAUAUUGGAGAAAAUGUUUAUAGUUAAACGCAUUGAAAAAUUUCUUACACCACAGCUUAUUGCAGAGGAAUUCAGCCAUAAAAUGUUUCAGAAGAUUGGACCUCAUCCUGGACCAGCAAAGAGACCAGCCCAAGGACAAAACUUAGCCUCUGCUGCACCUGCUCACAAAAUUACUAAACCUGCUGCUAAAUACGGAGUGCCUUUAAUACUUAAGAAAUCUGAGGAAUCAGCUAAGAAAUUCUGUGAGAAGCCUGUAACUAAAUGUAGACAGGGCCCCCCACCUCCAUUGAAGAAAGGGAAACUACUAGACGAAAGGAGGAAAAUGUUUGAGGAAGCAAUUAAAAAGAAAAGGCUGGAGGAAAAACAACAGCGUGAGCAGAUCAGUUAUAUGAAGGUUGAGCAAAUGAGAAGACUUGAAAAGGAAAGGAUGGAACGAAUAAACAGAGCCAGAGAGCAAGGAUGGAGAAAUGUUCUCAGCAUAGGUGGAAGUAGUGAAAUCAAGGCUCAAUAUUUUGGUGGGGGAGGAGCUAUUGUGCCUUUACCUGUUCCUGGUCGAGGACCAUAUGAACACUAUCAUGCUAUUUUUGAUCAGAUACAACAACAAAAAGAAAAUCUUAAAACAGAAGGAAAAGAUGUAAAGUUGAAUGAAAAGCCUGGUCUAGAGCCUAGUCAACGAGGAUCUCCAACUGGAGUUCAUGCAGGAAUUCAUAAUGGCCCUGCAGCUUACCAUCAUUCAUCUGAUGCUGAUGCUAUUAGGAAAGGAAUGAAAAGAUUGGAGGAGGUCUCCAGACAAGCCAAUGCAAACAGGCAAAAAGGAUGGAUAGCUGCAGAGAGAGCUAAACAAGUUGAAGAAUUCUGGCAACGGAAGCGAGAAGCCAUGCAAAACAAAGCCCGUGCGGAAGGACAUAUGGAAUACUUGGCAAGACUGAGGCAAAUUAGACUUCUAAACUUUAAUGAACGUCAACAAAUAAAAGCAAAACUUCGUGGAGAAAAGAAUGAAAACAGUGGUACUUCUGUCCAUGAAAUAAAUGAAGAAACAGAAUUAAGGCGUAAAAAAAUUGAAGCAUUAAAGGCACAAGCAAAUGCCCGGGCUGCAGUCCUGAAAGAGCAGUUAGAACGAAAGAGAAAAGACGCAUAUGAAAGAGAGAGGAAAGCUUGGGAAGAGCAUCUGGUGUCCAAAGGGAUAAAAACUCCAGUGGGAGCUUCAGAAUUAAGUCCUACGCAUACUAAGCAGGAGGAAAGUUCUCCUACUAGACUAAAGCUCAAUUCACCACAAAUCAUCACAAUGACAUCAGCUUUGAAGGAAGUGGGUGUAGAUGAAAAUGCAGUAUUUGUCCAGGAAGGUUUAGGGGAUAUUAAACCUGAUGUUUCUAUACAUAACAAACGAGAAAUACUUCGAAGGCUGAAUCAAAAUCUUAAAACACAUGAAGAUAUGAAAGAGAAAAGGGAGCCUGAAGACAUCUCUGAAAUCCCUGUGGCUGGCAAGAAUCAUCACCAACAAGUAGUAAUAUGUCCAGUUACAGCUGAUCGCAAGAAAUGGGAAACAGGAGCACAGUUUGUGGUUCCACUAGCACAAUUAACAAUGGAAGAAUCCUUCUCUCGAACAGAAGCACAAACAUUUGGAGAAGUUAUUAAGUUAGAUGUUGCUGAACCCCAGCGAAAAGUUUGGGAUAAUAGUUCUAUUGAUUCUGUACUGAAGAAACUUGGGGAAGCUGAAUUACAGCUUGAAACUGAUCUCAUGGAUAACCUAAAUAUUACCAGUGAAGUGUCAAAGGCAACUUUAACAGUAGGAAAAAGCGAUGAUACUAGAGCAGUAAUUUCUGUUGAAGGAAAAUCAUCUAUUGAAGCUGAUAAUAAUGAAAAUAUGGCAAAAGCAAGGCUUCAAGAAUCUGUGUUAGCCCAUUUAUUACCUGAACCUACUCUGAUGGAAGAUGAUUUGGAAGCAGAAUUUCUAGAAGAAACCCAAAGAAACAAAUGUCAAACAGAUAUAUUUCCUGUUGCUGAAGUGUGGGUUAAUGAAGGAAAAGAGAAGGAAACAAUGUCAGAAGUUCAUAUUGAUAAUUGUCACUAUGACGACAACAAAGAUCUUGCUAUAGAAGAUGGAAUUCAUAAAAAAAUGCCAAUCCAUGAUGAACCAUCAGUAGGUCAGCACCUGCAGUUGUUUAAAGCAAAACUCCCCCACAUUCUUGGACUGAUUGAGACCAACAGCCCUGCCCUACCUGAACCCUUUUUUCAGAAGGUCCAGGAACACCAAGCAAGACUAGUAGCUUUUCCAGUUCUUUCAGCACAGUCUUCCUUUGAAGAUUCUCUUCCAACAAGGUCAUGCUCUGUAUCACCAGAGAAAACAAAAGGCAAAAAUUCAGUGUUGAUAGGGCUUUCUACAGGUCUGUUUGAUGCAAACAACCCAAAGUUGCUGAGGACAUGUUCUCUUCCAGAUCUUUCAAAAUUAUAUAGAACAUUAGUUGAUGUUCCCAGUGUUGCUGAUGUCCAAAAUCAAGAGAAUCUUGAAAUUGAUGAUGUGGAAGAUGUACCAAUUAAAGAACAUUCAGAUUCUGAAGAAAUUAUUUUUGGGGAGACAGAUACAGAUUUGCAAGAGCUUCAGGCAUCGAUGGAGCAGUUACUUCGAGAGCAACCCAGUGAUGAAUUUAGUGAGGAGGAAGAAACAACAUUAAAAGCUGAAUGCCUAGGAAAUGAUACAGAGGUGGAGGAGGAUGGCAACAAUUUCAGUAGUGAGAGUGCUUUUAAUGAAGAAUGGCAUUCAGACAAUAGCGAUGGUGAUAAUGCCAGCGAAUGUGAGGAAUAUAAUAGUGUGUUCAGUCAUCUAGAAGAACUGAGAUAUAACCUGGAGAGAGAAAUAGGUUUUGAAAAAUUCAUCAAAAUUUAUGAAGAAAUAAAGGCUAUACAUGAAGAUGAAGAUGAAAGCAUUGAUACUUGUUCAACAAUAGUUCAAAAUAUUUUAGGAACUGAACAUAAACAUCAAUAUGCUAAAAUUCUCCAUUUAGUAAUGGCAGAUGGAGCAUACCAGGAAGACAAUGAUGAAUAAUACGUUUUGGUGACAUUCUAAGCAAAAGCAGAUGUAUGAAUUUUAUUCUGUAAUAAACUACAACAAAAAUAACACUUUAUUGGGAUAGACUUAAAAUCUUCUUGGUAGCAUGAAGAAAAUGGAAAAAACACGACUCUUUUCACCAUUUUAUAAAUAUCUGUUGAUAUAUAGCUUCAUUCCUUCAGUAACACAUUGAAGGCUGUGUUCUAUUUAAAAUGAAUUACAAGGAAUAGAAAGACUGACUCAGAAAUAAUUUACCAUUUGAAAGUAUCAGGUAUGAAAAUGCUGAUUAUAUAGUAGCUAAGUAAAGCAGUAAAAAGGAACAAACAAAACAAUAUAUUUUUGUUUAAACAACCUUGACUGCUGUUGGUGGAAUUUUUAAAGAUGACUUUGUUUUCUGUUUAGAAUGACAAUUUUUCAGUAAUACUACUUGAUUUUAAGUGCAUACAAUAUGGAAGUAAUUUCCCUGAAAUUAGUAGAACAUUUUACAUGCAUUUAAUAGAAACUAUUUUUUUUCAUUUUGCUGUAGAAUAUGUGUAAAAUUAUUUACAAUUCUCAGUAUUUAUGUCCUAAUCAGUUUAUCAUCUUUCUCUUUGAAAUCCCUCAACUCAGUUUCAAUACUACUUUUGUCAGCUUGCAGCAGAAGUGAUUUUCCACUAUAAAUCAAAGGAGCUUUCAGGACGAAGUUUUCUUUAAUUAAAGUACUGUGUACACAGCUAAGUCUGCUGCUUUUUUGUUUCCCUGUAACAAGACCAUCCUAACAGAAACAAAUGUAAUAUUGCUGUUGUUUUGAAAGUUAAAUGCAUAUUCUAUAGCUGGGUUGUUUAAAAGGGAGAAGCUGGAUUUUAUUUCCUCUGCUUCUCACUGAAAAGUAAUUAUUUAAUGGGGAGAGAGAAUUUCUGCAAGAUGAUGAAUCAAAGCAUUUAUUGUAUGUAACAGAUAGUAUUGACCAGCUGAAUCAGCUGUAUAACAGUGGUUUAUGUUGAAAAUAUAAUUCUGUAUUUCCUGACUAACAAUGGAAAGUGGAAUGUAUAUAAACAUAAAAUUAAAAUUUUAAAGUAAUUCUAAUUAUAUGAAAUAAAUAUUGAAGGUGUUGUUUGUA